AUGGAGGGUUCAUCUACGAAUGGAUCUGGCGGGGUCAACGGCAGUAAUGGAAUGAGCAGGGCCGAACGCUUUGAGGAUGAGAAGCGGAGGAUAAUUGAAAGUUGCUUUGGCAAGAAGGAGGAUGAUGGGUCACUUGCGGAAUCGUAUAUUACACACAUAAGAAUCAUCGAAGAUGCUGCAUAUCCGUCCUCACCACCUCCCCCGAAUUCAAGCCAGGACACCAAGAAACCCCGUCUCGUCAUUGUCGCUGUGCGCAGGUCUGGGCGGGUUCGGAUGCAUAAGGCGAGGGAAAAUGGCAAUGGAUCCUUUUCAAUAGGCAAAACCUGGGCUCUCGAUGAUCUGACGGGUAUCAAGUCUUUCAGCAGCGCCGUUUCUGCUACGAUGACAGAGGAACAACAGAAGCAAUGGGCAGGGGGGGUUGGAUUCGUGGUAUCGUUAGGCAAGCCGUAUUACUGGCAGGCGAACACCGCGAAGGAAAAGCAAUUUUUCAUUGCAUCUCUUGUCAAAAUCUUCACCAAAUAUACUGGGGGUAAAUCACCGGAACUCAUUGGAUUUGAACCCAGUGAGCGAGAGCAGCUGUUGGGUGUUUCUGCUGCUGCGAGACCACCACCACCUUCUCUACAACCUGGCGGUGGAGCGGCAAGACCUUCAUAUGGGCAAGCCCAGAACCGUCCACCCAGACGAGAACCGUCGCAAGAACCAGUUUUGCGAAAACAACCCAGUCGCGAUGCAGUCCAGCGUCCGCCUCCACCGCUGCUCCCUCCUUCAAGUGGGACCUCCUUCACUUCUCAAACAUCAAGGCCACCAUCAAGGCCUUCAUCGCGACCUCGUCCUGACACUUCUCCCAACGGUAGCAUAGAGGGCGGUGUCCCUGCCAUCCCCCGGAACCAGCAGAAUCAGCAGAACCAACCAGUCUUGAAGAGGAUAGCUGUCACUAAUGGAGGCCAAGAAUCCUUUGGUAGGAGUGAGGAGAACUUAGGUCUACCCCCUCGUUCGCGUGGUGGGCUCAAUGGUGCGCCGAACGGACCAGGAAGAUUCCAGGACCGUAGCAUGACCCCAAACUCGCUACGUUCUGUGACACCCGAGAGCAGCAUUUCUAGCAAUAAAGAUACCCUGGGUGACGUUCCACCCGUCCCUGCACCUUUAGCGUUGCCUCCCGAACGGCGCAGGCCUCCCAUACCAAAUAUCACCAGCUCAUCGCGCCAACGUGGUCCAAACCUAGACGAUAAUAUGAUACCUUCGCCACUUGUAAGUCCCGGUAUGCGGAGGGAUGACACAAGACCUCCAGUAAGAGACGAAAUGCGACCCCCAACAAGAGAUAGAAUGCAACCUCCAGCAAGAGACGAAAUGCGACCUCCAACAAGGGACAAAAUGCCAAUUCCAGCAAGAGAUGAAAUGCGACCUCCAACAAGAGACAAAAUGCCAAUUCCAGCAAGAGACGAAACGCGACCUCCAACAAGGGACACAAGAGACGAAAUUCGCCCUCCUGUAAGAGAUGGAAUGCGGCCUCCAGCACGCAGCAUUGAACGGAUACCACCCCCCGAGCGAAUACAAACCCCCGAACGGACACAAAUACCGGAACGGAAGGUAGACAACAUUUCAGCAAAUGUCACACCAGCAAAAUCGGACGAACCAAAUAAAACAAGCCCGACUCGUGACCAUCCAGUCAUGACAGACAGGACUGCGUCUAUUAAGAGCAGCGCUAGCAUCCCCAGUGCUAGCCCGACCGAAUCUGCCAUCGAGCCCCCGCCCCCAGCACCAGCACCUGUAGCCGUACCAGUACCCGAAGAACCACCUGCAGAAGAGGCCCGCCCAGGUCUAGGACCUAUGAUCAAGAAAAAAUCCAAGGGCGAUAUUGCAAACUCAUUCUUCAAGGCUGCCAAAACUGCCAAUGCUCUCAACUCGUUCAAACCCCGUGCUGGUGGCGCGGCUGAACGCCUUCGCGAAAUGCAAGCUAAAACUUCAACUGAAGGCCCAGAUGGGAUUACUGGCGUCGUACCAGCACCCUCUUUAGUCCGCGGCAUGAGUGGCGACGUUCCAACCGUGCCUACUCCACUACCUACUCCUACCCCACAAGCGCCGGUGGUUGCUGUACCCGUAGAGAAAUUAUCACCACGUAAGCCAGCUGAUUCUAUCCCGGAAGUAAAAAUUACUGUUCCGCAGGCACGCCGACCUGGUAGUGUUGAAGGCCCCAUACAGGCAGUAAAAGAAAAUACUUCAAUCGAUCAGUCGAAAAUUCGAGAACCCAGACGGCCAAAACCACCCUCGGAAACCAUGCAGAAGGAACUUGCCUCCUUGGGUAUUGAUCCAAGUAUCCUGACUGGUCGAGGGAGCGAAUUGGUCGACCUCUGGGAACAAUUUGGCUGGGUUGGAGAAGGAAUUCGGACCAAGAAUGUCGACCAGAUGCAGGAUGAAAUUGAGCGAGAACUUAAUAAGGCUCAAGCUGGCGGGUGGAUGAGUAGGAUAGAUGACGAAGAUGAGAGAGUCGCAGCCGUCAUGAAAGGACUCGACAAAACGAUCGAAGAGUGUGAUGAACUUGAUGGUUUAUUGACUUUAUAUAAUGUGGAGCUCAGCACUCUCAACGAAGAUAUUGCUUACAUUGAAGCGCAAGGCCAAGGUCUUCAAGUUCAAGCAGCUAACCAGAAGCUCCUAUACGCCGAACUUAAGUCUCUCCUCGAUACCAUUGCAAUAUCCUCAGAGCAGCUUGGAAGUCUUCGCGAGGCAUCUCUGGAGACGCCACGUGGCCUUGAACAAGUCGAAACGUCUUUAGUCACAUUGUACAAAGCCAUGUUAACCAUAGAUCCUUCAUUAAGCCUCUCUGGUCCCAGACCUAGUGUAGAUGGCAGUGCAGUUUCCGGAAAGCAAGGUGGAUAUGGCAAUAGCGAAAUUGGAAGCAUGCGAGUUCUGCAAGAAAAGAAAGACGUGUACGGCAACGAAAUUACAAUUUUUCUCCGCCGGCUCAAACCUUUCCUCCAAGUCAAAUUUGCUGCUGCUGUUGAUGAGACGAGGAAAGCUUUGGAACGGGAGAAAGGGAACAACCUCACUCGAGCUGCAGGCAAAGCAAAACUCGAUCCUCGAAAUCAUGACUUAUCCAGAAAUAUGCUAUGGAAAUACAGUCCGCUCAUGCUGUUUUCAAGGGAGGUUGAUAGACUUGAAUGGGAGGAUCUGAUCAAGACCUAUGAGAUGAUUUGCAGACCACUCUAUCAAGAUGAGUUCCGGGAUGUAGUAUUUGCAUGGAAGCGAGUUGGUAGGAAGCCUAGUGGUGACGAGGGUGACAUCUUGUUCACAUCCCAGAUCGAGAAGCAGACCGAAGGCAUUGCUACAACAGCCCGAAAGCUUACUGUGAAGAGAAGUCAAACCUUGGCAAAGAGUCUACGCUCUCCAAUUGGCGAUAGUAACCCCAAAACCAGCCUCGACAGGUCUUCGGAUGGGCGUCUCCAACCUUAUGAGGUUUUCGCCGGGGUUCUUGAUGAGAUGAUACCAACGAUGAGCAUGGAACAAAACUUUGUUGUUGAGUUCUUCCACGUGACUUCUCUUGAGCAACACGACUUCCCAGAUGCUGUUGCAGCAGCGCCGCCGGAUAGACGACUUGGGAGUGAUUUGAGGCGGCCCAGAGUGAUGGAUCCAAACCGAGAUCUAGCUAGACUUGUGGUCCAGUCCAUGGAAGAGGUGUUUGCCUUUUUCCCCGCUGACAUGCAAGCGCUUGUGGACUGGACGAUCCAAGCGGACCCACUACAAGGAGUGGGUGUAAUUGCUGCUAUAGAGCGCAAACUUGUUGAAUUCGAGGAAUCCAAUCAAGAGUAUCUUGCACGGACUUUCCAGAAGAUUCACGCCAGGCUACUUGGUUUGUUCACUAAAUUUGUAGACGAACAAAUCCGUGCGAUCGAAGAUACCAAGGUCAAAAUCAAGAAACGAAAGGGCGUCAUUGCAUUCAUUCGCAUCUUUCCUUCGUUUUCUUUGAGCCUCGAAACCCUGCUGACCACCGCGAAUGAUUUGGAAAUACGCGACACUGUCAAUCGAGCAUAUGCACGAAUCAACAGAACAAUGUUUGAAUCUCUAAAAGUCAUUGCAAGAGAGAACCCCAGUGCCCAGACUGCGGGCGCCGAUCCUGAAGAUAAAGAAGCUCUGAACUAUCAGAUCCUUCUCAUUGAGAAUAUGAACCACUAUUUGGAGGAAGUGGAUGCCCGCAACAACCCGGUCCUCGAGGAUUGGAAGCAAAAUGCGGCACAAGAAAUGCAUGAGCACAUGUCGUUAUACCUUGGGGCUGUUAUCCGUAGACCGUUGGGGAAGCUUCUUGAUUUCUUGGAGAGUACUGAAAGUCUCAUGCUCUCACGGCAACCAGGCGAGCCCAUGUCACAGAUCUCGGGGAUGCCAAGUCAUUCAAAGUCAACAUUCAAAAAGAUUCUUGCAGGCUACGACUCCAAAGAGAUUAGGCGUGGAAUCGAGACUCUAAAGAAGAGAGUUGAGAAGCAUUUUGGAGAUGCCGACGAUCCAGGACUCAGUCGCAGUCUAGUUGCAAAAGUCAUACAGAACUGCGAGCAGUAUUAUGAGAAAGUCGGAGACAGAAUCUUGACAAUCAGCAGGGAUGUGUAUGAUGGAGAUGUGAUUGCUGAAUGGACAAAAGGAGAUGUUUCAGCAGCUUUCAGGAAGUGA